CAACGGGCACUCCACCAGUGUUGAGUUUGAUGACACUGUCAACAAAUCAGGUUCAUUCCAACCGAAUCGCUCAAGUCUCUUAUCUGACUUUAGCUGCAGGUUUGGUUAUAUAUAUUUUUCCCUUGUACAAUCCAUACUUGGACUUCUUGUGUCAGGAAAGAGCCAAGACAGAACAAAUGAAAUAUAUCCCAAGUGAUCCCUUUUCUUCUCUGAAAAGUGUUGUUGUCCAGCCUUUUCUAGGAGUAUGUAGCUUCCCUUUUUGCAAGCAAUAAUUCUUAUUUAGAAGUUCUCUGGUUUAGCAUAGUCUUUGUAAUGUUAAUGCCUUCAUCUUUAAAACCUUCCCUUGGAUGGUAGGCAACUAGCACACCUCCCCUUGAAACAGUAGGAGUGUGGUUUCUACAAGCAAUACAAUCCUCUUGUUGCAUGAGGCUCAGCUGAGGAUCCAAGCCCAUAUGGUGCAUUCACAAGGGUCAAAGCCAGAGGGGGACUAAUUUGUGAUCACCCUGUCCAUUAGUCCCGAGGAACUAUUGGCUUAUAGUGGCAACAAGGAGAGGCCUAGAUGGAGGCAACAUCAUACUUUGCUUUCCCAGACCGUCUUAGUUUAGUUCUUAAAUUUCCUGUUGAUACGAGCAACACUGGAUGUUGCCUGAAAGCCACAAGCUGACCAUCAGUGAUCUGGUCUGACCUCAUGUGUGUCAGAUGCCACGGGACUUCCCAGAAUUAAUCUCUGCUGCAAGCCUAGUAGGUGUGGGUGAAAUAAAGCACAUCUCUUAGAAAAACAUACAAUCUUGAUUUCAAAAUUUCCAGCGAUGAUGAACCUACCACAGCCUUUGGUCAUUGAUCAAAAAAUACUGAAUUUUCUAGGGCCAAAAUUUGGCCUCUGGGGCACCCCUGUGAAUGUUGACCGGGGGGCCGCUCAGCGGGACCUACAGGCUGCGCCAGAUUCACUUCCAUUGGGGGUCCAAUGAUGAAGCUGGCUCCGAGCAUGCGGUGGAUGGGAUGAAGUACGCGGCAGAGCUUCAUGUGGUCCACUGGAACUCAGAAAAGUAUUCCAGUUUUGUUGAGGCAGCUCGUCAGUCAGAUGGAUUAGCAGUCAUGGCUGUAUUUCUGAAGAUCGGUGAAUGCAACCCUCAGCUGAAGAAGAUUACUGACCGCUUGGACACCAUCAGAAUCAAGGGUAAAAGAGCACUAUUCACAAACUUCAAUCCUAGCUGUCUGCUUCCCAAGUCCCUGGACUACUGGACUUACUUUGGCUCUCUCACUGUUCCACCUCUUCUUGAAAGUGUCAUCUGGAUUGUUCUGAGAGAGCCCAUAAGUGUUUGUUCUGAACAGCUAGCCAAAUUCCGCAGCCUCCUAAGCACUGCUGAGGAUGAGGUCGCCUGCUGCUUGCUGAGGAACUACCGGCCCCCCCAGCCUCUAAAGGGACGAGAAGUCAGAAGGAAUUAAAGAAGGGAUGAGAAGUCAGAAGGAAUUAAAGGAGUAAAGCCAGAGUAGUCUCCCUCUGAAACCAAAGGCUGAAUUAAUUUUAAUAGUUAAUAUACUUCGUGAUUUUAUUUUUUUUGUGAGUUAUUAUAACAAA